AUGUGGUCCAUCUCUCGGGUUGCUGCCUUGCUGUUUGGGGCUGGCAGUCUACUGCCCGCUGUUGAUGCAAACAAUAUAGGCACCUUCGGCAAUCCCUCCGUUACUGCUCGUCCUCGUUUUCGUUAUUGGCUCCCCGAUUCCAGUGUCAGUGCUGAUAUACUCAAGAAUGACAUUAGAUCAGCGGCAUCGAUUGGUGCAGGUGGUCUUGAGCUGUUGCCAUUUUUCGGUUAUGGAGGCGCCAUGCACCCCGAGCCGGCCGGGGCCGACUGGGCCGCGUCAAACUUCGGGACUCAACAGUUCAAUGAUAUUUUUCGAGCCGCAUUGGAAGCCCAUAGCGAGACGGGCCUCAAGAUGGAUUUUGCCAUGGGGCCCAAUCAGGGACAAGGCGUACCCGCCAGCACAGGAGACGAUGGCCUUCAGUGGGACUUGGUUCCAUUCACCGUACCGGUCCCGAAUGGGACCUUUGACGGCACGAUACCAGGCUGGGGAGUCGGUGAAUUGGUAUCACUCGUCUUGUCCGAGGUCACGGCCGUUGAAAACAAGACAUACUCGGCUUCAAACGGUUUCACGACGACCAAUGGUUCCUACAUUCAGUAUACUCUGAAGAAUGGGACGCUGGAGGAUUAUACUCACACCGUGGACAUCGCCACUGGGAAUAUGCUACUCAGCAUUGAGUCACUGACCAACACCAGUUCCUAUCAGCUCUUUGCGUUUUACCAAAAGCUUUCCCUCAACAAGAACUUGGACAUAACGAGAGAAACAACAAAAACAAUCUUUGAUAAUGGUUCCUACAUUGUGGACCACUACUCCUCUUUAGGUGCAGACACGGUGACAAACUUUUGGGAGGACUAUAUUCUCAGUGAUAAUGUUACGACACUACUGAGAGAAGUCGGCAAUUACGGGUGGGAAGACAGUGUGGAGAUGCAUUCAAAUAUCUCUUGGUCUCGCUCACUGCCGGAUCGCUUCCAGCGACUAAAGGGAUAUGAUGUUCGAGUCUUCCUUCCAUUGCUUUCAUUUGCAGAAAACAAUGUUGGUAUUCAGACAGACGCCCCCGGCUCUUUCAAGUGCGUGCUUGACACGGAAGACGAAGGCCAGGGCUAUCAUAAUGAUUUCCACGCCGUGCUUCAGGAUGGCUAUCGGGAGUACCUCCAAGCUCUUACCAACUGGACCCACAACACAUUGGGCCUCGAGUUCUCUGCUCAGCCGUCUUACAACCUGCCCAUGGAUAUGGCGGCUACAAUCCCCGACGUUGAUGCCCCAGAAUGCGAAAGCUUGGGCUUCCUUGACAACAUUGAUCUCUACCUCAAAUUUUCAGGACCUGCACAACUAGCUGGAAAGCGUGUUAUUUCAAACGAGCUGGGCGCCGUAGGUGGUAAAGCGUUCCAAUACACGAUCCCGGACCUGAUCUUUGAGGCCAAUCGAGGGUUCGCCGGCGGAGUCAACCAGUACGUGAUCCAUGGAAUGGCAUACACGGGUACCUACUAUAACAGCACUUGGCCUGGCUACGUACCGUGGGAGUAUAUAGUCUCUGAGACUUGGAACGAGAAACAACCAGUUUGGAGCCAUGGGAUGGAAGACGCAAUGAAUUACCUUUCGAGGACGCAGCAGGUUCUUCAGACCGGAGUCCCUAGGAUUGAUCUUGCGGUCUUUUGGAAGCAGUCUAUUACCACGCUGACCCCGGGAUAUAACCUGACUUAUUUGACACAAGAAGGAUGGACUUAUUCCUACAUCUCUUCGGAGAAUUUUGGCCUACCGGGUGCCUACAUUGAGAAUAACGUCUUGGGUCCUGAUGGCCCUGCAUGGAAAGCACUGAUUGUGUACAGCUCGCAAAACCUUACCGUGUCAGCACUGGAAACACUCUCUGAGUAUGCAGAUGAGGGUCUCCCCGUGGUACUUGUCGACGGAGACCCGGGGUGCUACUCUCUCAAGGACAGGAGCCCUUGCGAGAACUAUUCAUCACAACUUGUGGCUCUCAAGGACAGGGACACGGUAUACUCAGCAACUGCAGAGGCUUUGUCAUCCCUGCUGAAAAGCCUUGGAAUCAACCCGCGCAUCAGUGCGGAUCAGAAGGGAUCAAUGUACACAGUGUGGCGAGAUUUGGCCCAGAACGCCACAGAGUACGCAUUUAUUUUCGCCGACCUCGUGCCAUUUUCUGGACACAUCACUUUUGCAACGACAAAAACGCCAUAUCUGCUGAACGCUUGGACUGGAGAGCAGUCUCCGAUUCUCGCCUAUGCACAGAACGAGUCAACCAUAACAAUCCCGAUUGAUCUGAAGGUAAAUCAAACCAUUUUGCUGGCCUUUUCGGAUUCGCUGUCAACCGAGAUCCCGACUCCAGCUAGCCACAUUACCCAAACCACAUCUCAAAUCGUUGGAUACGAAUUCAAUGAAACGACAGGGAUCAGCUAUAUUCGUGUUGGGUCCUCGCAAUCGACGGAAACCCUGAGCACAUUGACAGGUGAAAACUUCACCAUCAACUCGUCCGACGUUCCUGAUGCCUUUGCACUCUCGAACUGGACUCUGGUAGCAGAACACUGGGAAGCACCAAGCAAUCUAUACGACGUGGAAACUAUUGCUGUCAAGAGAAACACAACUCAUGAAUUGAACCAGCUGCAAUCGUGGCUACAGAUACCCGAGCUAGUCAACGCAUCCGGUAUUGGCUACUACACUACAACGUUUGACUGGCCGCCUUUGGAGAGCGACAAUGCCACGGAUCUCGGUGCCUAUCUUACGACAUCCGCACUUCUCAACGUGGUCCGCUUGCAAAUCAACGACCACUUGUUUACGGGAUUGGACCCUACUAAUCCCAAGAUUGACAUUUCCCAUGCCCUGCAUAGGGGCACAAACGAUGUCCUCAUUAUGGCACCAACGGUCAUGUGGAAUUAUCUAAAAACUAUUUUUAAUGAGCUGAGAAAUGCAGGGACUGUGCCACUUUUGGUGCAAUACACCGAGUUACUUGGGGCGGCCCCCGGUGGAAUAGAUGUGGGGUUGACGGGAGAAGUACUUGUAUCUCCCUUUCAGACGAUUGCUAUUUCGUGA